AUGUUGGGGUUCAGGCUCCUGCGGUCGCCGCCGCUGCUUCUUCUGCUACCGCAGCUCGGAAUCGGAAUCGCCGCGUCCAGCUCUCACGCCGGAACCAUGAACCUGGGCAGCAACAGCAGCAGCGGCGCGCCCGGCUCCCCCUCGGCCGAGCCGCGCAGGCAGCAGUGCGUGCAGCUGUCCACGGUGCCGGGAGCCGACCCUCAGCGCUGCAACGAGUUGCUCCUGCUGGCGGCGGCGGCGGCGACGGCCGGGGAGGGACCAGGGCGGCGGGACCUCUCUGGGGACCCGGCGAAGGAGGAGGUGCAACCGCCGCCUCAGCAUCACGUUCUCUAUUUCCCCGGGGAUGUGCAGAAUUACCAUGAAAUUAUGACUCGUCAUCCUGAGAAUUAUCAGUGGGAAAACUGGAGUCUAGAAAAUGUUGCCACCAUCUUAGCCCACCGGUUCCCCAAUAGUUACAUUUGGGUGAUAAAGUGUUCCCGAAUGCAUUUGCACAAAUUCAGCUGCUAUGACAAUUUUGUGAAAAGCAAUAUGUUUGGUGCUCCAGAACACAGUACUGACUUUGGAGCUUUUAAGCACCUUUAUACGUUAUUAGUUAAUGCUUUUAACUUAAGUCAGAAGAGUUUGCUAUCAAAGAAGAAUGUGAAAGAUUUAAAUAAGGACUCCAAAGUGUCUAAUUGUCGAUCCACUUCUUCUCAUACUACUAAUGGUUGCCAGGGAGAAAAAGACAGGACCUGUGAAAAAUUUGACGAGUCUGCUAUGAGUUUUUAUCCACCAUCAUUAAAUGGCGCUUCUUUUACUUUGAUUGGAUUCAGUAAAGGUUGUGUUGUUUUGAAUCAGUUGCUUUUUGAAUUGAAAGAAGCCAAGAAAGACAAGAACAUCGAUGCUUUUAUCAAAAACAUAAAAACAAUGUACUGGUUGGAUGGUGGUCAUUCUGGAGGAAGCAACACUUGGAUUACUUAUCCAGAAGUCUUGAAAGAAUUUGCACAAACAGGAAUAAUUGUUCACACCCAUGUAACACCUUACCAAGUACAUGAUUCAAUGAGAUCUUGGAUUGGAAAGGAGCACAAGAAAUUUGUUCAGAUACUUGGAGAUUUUGGUAUGCAGGUGACUAGCCAAAUUCAUUUUGCAAACGAUGCUCCUUCCAUAGAGAAUCACUUCAGGGUUCAUGAAGUAUUUUAG